AUGGGAUCUCCGCCGCUGGGCUUGCCCGCCAGCGCGACCGUCCUGGCGCUGCUGUUCCUGCUGGGCUGCGCGGGCGUUGCAACCGCCGACUGCAGCGUCCCCCUGAAACAGCUGUCGGAGCGUCCGCCGCUGCUGCUGCGCCCUGGCGGGCCUCUCAACGUAUCCGGCUUCGCGGCGCCAGACGCGGAUCACGUGGUGCGCCUGUCGACCAAUGCCUCGCUUCUGCUGGCCUGCCCCGGCCCCGGCAACCAGCUCCUCUUCGCCAAGCGCACCUCGGGAUACCGACAGGUGAACGUGACGUGCGCAAGGGAUAGCGUGGUGACGGUGCGCGGUGAGGAGGUCGACUUGCGCACGGUGCAGUGCUUACGCCACGCCGAGCGCACGGCCGAGAAGGACGGCAAGCGGCGCUGCGGCGCGGGCGCACGAGGAGUACGCAUGCGCAUCGGCUUCCGCCUCCUCACGGGCUUCCUGGAGCUCGUGGCUGCCUGCUUCGACGACCAGCUGCUCUCGCCCAUCUACUCCAACUACACGCUUGGUCGAAUGCGUCGGCAAGCAUGCAGGAGCGACGGGAGACGCGAGCCGCUGCCGCCAGCACGAAGUGCUGCGACGCUUACCGUCGGCCACGGCUCGGAGAAACAGAUCGGGCGUGCGGUGCGCGAGAGUACCAGCGCAUCGUCGCCCCAGCUCUCAACGGGUCCUGAACCGGCUGAGCACACGCUGACCGCUAGCUAA